AUGUCUUUAAAAGUUCAAAUCCACCCUUCAGCCACAAAUGUCUCUGGUGGGAAGAAGAGUUUUGACAUCAGUAUGUACAAAAACAUGCGGAAAGACUUUUUGUUCCAUGGCUACGUUAAAAGGCUUUUGAAGAAAUCGCUUUUCAAAUGGUUCAUCUUCACCACGAUUACUGCAAAUUCACUAUUGCUGGCCCUCGGGACCAAUUACAAAAUGGAGUACAAGUUUUUUAAUUUCUUUAAUGUGGCGGAACAGUUGUUCUUGGCAAUUUAUACCGUGGAGUUCAUCGCGAAGAUUUAUGUUGACCCAAUUAAAUACUGGAGAUCUGGAUUCAAUGUAUUUGACUUCAUCGUGCUGUUGUUAUCUUACAUCCAGCGCUUCUUUCUCAUAAGAAAUUCACGCAUUAUGUCCUGGUUUCAUAUAGUGCGGCCACUUAGGAUUCUCAGGGCCAUCUCACUUAUCCGUGGCUUGCAGGUCUUGUUUGGUGCCUUGGUGAGAACGCUUAAAAAUGUCGUCUUCGUCCUGUUCCUCCUCUUCUUGUUGAUGACAGUUUUUGCGCUGAUUGGAUACAACUUCUAUGGGGAUGCAAAACAUGGUGACUUUGAAAACUGGGGUAGCCUUAAAUCAGCGUACUUCACACUCUUCAGCUUAGUGACGUUGGAUGGCUGGACUGAUCUUCGAGCUCAGACGGAUGCCCGCGGUUACAAAUCAAUUCAACUUUUCAUCACGGGAUUCAUUUUGCUGGGGUGCUUCCUCUUCUUCAACCUCUUCGUUGGUGUGAUCAUCAUCAAUAUCCGGGAAACAACUAGGGAGUUCAACAAAGGGAUCCAAGCUGAAAGAGAAACAACAUUGAUGGAAAAGAAACAAGCUAUAAUCCAAAGGCAGCAAGCUCAUAUCACAGACAUAAUGGAUAGACAGUUGGACAGGACUGCCACGUCUGAGCACCACGCAGACUUCUCCGAAAUGAUUGAGAAGUUCAAACAAACACUUCGUCACGAUGAUUUUGUGAUGCUGGAUGAUCUGUGUUCGAGUGUGUCGUUCAUAGAUAUUUACCUCGCGAGUCUUGACGAACAGGACAAUACACUGUACAAAUUACAACAACUUUACUUUGAAAUAUCGUAUGUUCUGGGGAACAUGUUGCAAGCUGAAAGGAAGGAAACAGAUGCAGGUGCGUCUACAGUGGAAUUGAAAUGA